UCAGAACAACCUUCUCUUCCUGCCCACAGAUGGAUGUUGCGCACACUCGUGGAUUACUUUGGCAUCGUGUGCACGCGUGUCGCUAGUGUUCUCCGCGCGCAGCCGGUGUCCACUCGGAGCUGAGAUGAGUACGAAGUACAUCGAGGUCUACGUCGUCGUUGAAGUGAUCAUCGCGGUUCUGUCCAUCGCCGGUAACGUGCUGGUGUGCUGGGCUGUGGCCAUCAACAGCACUCUGAAAAACGCCACCAACUACUUCGUGGUGUCUCUGGCCGUGGCGGACAUCCUGGUGGGCUGCCUCGCCAUCCCGUUCGCCAUCACCAUCAGCAUCGGCAUCCAGCUGGACUUCUACGGCUGCCUCUUCCUGGCCUGUUUCGUCCUCGUCCUGACGCAGAGUUCCAUCUUCAGUCUCCUCGCCAUCGCCAUCGAUCGAUACCUGGCCGUCAAAAUCCCUCUCAGGUACAAUGAGCUGAUGACAGGAAAGACCGCCAGAGAGAUAAUUGCCAUCUUAUGGAUCCUGUCUUUUGUCAUUGGCCUCAUCCCCUUCUUUGGUUGGAACCUGAAGUACUCAACAAUAGCCUGCGGGCACCAGUUGAAAAACUGCAGCUCUGGAAUUGAAAAUACUACAAACGCUGGCCUUAUGGAGGGGCUGAGGGCUGGAGGAGUACCAAGGAGUUGCAAGGUCACCUGCUACUUUGAGAGUGUGGUGGACAUGCACUACAUGGUCUACUUUAAUUUCUUUGGAUGCGUACUGCUGCCACUGCUCAUCAUGCUGGGUAUCUACCUGAAGAUCUUCACUGUGGCCAGGAAGCAGCUGAGACAGAUUGAGCUCAAGUGUGUAGGGAAUGGGGACAGCCAAAACCAAGGACUGCUGCAACGGGAAAUCCGGGUUGCCAAGUCCUUGUCCAUCAUCGUGGGACUGUUUGCUCUCUGCUGGCUGCCAGUCCACAUCCUCAACAGUCUAACGCUUUUUGAUGAGAAACUGGAAAAGCCCAGCUUGGUCAUGUAUGUGGGCAUCAUUCUGUCUCAUGCCAACUCUGCCGUAAACCCCAUGAUCUAUGCUUACCGCAUCCAGGACUUCAGAAACACCUUCCGCAAGAUUCUGGCUCAGCACCUUUUGUGUCACAAAGAGGAGCUGUACCUCAGUUCCAGCAGCAGCAAACACAACAACGACCAGAUCCACAUGACCAUCGACCCUCUGCUAUAGAGAGUCCACAUGAAGGAGAGAGGGUCCCCACCAUCCCCGAGUAUUAUCUGUGUUGCUCUUUCACUUAAAAUGUUUACAGAACAAGGAUGUGCUGUGUGUGAUGAUGUCAACCACGCUUUGAAUGUGGACACUUAUUUAUUGACUGUGCCAGAUAUCAGGGGUCAAACUGUGAAAUGUGGACAAGUCUUACUUUUUCAUUGUGAAGGAUUUUUGAUAUAAAAAAAAGUCAAACUGGAUUUGUAGGACUGUGAAAAAGUCACGUUUUAUGUUGUAAAAUUAUUUUUUUAAUCUUUCAGACUGAAUUUCACCAUUUCAGCUCCAUUUUGCACCCUGCUAUUUGAUAUUGUGAACAUCUGCCCGUCUUUUGGUUGCUUAUUUAUUAUAUACUACAUCUUUGAACAUGUAUAGAUGCUCGAUUUCUUUGGGGCCCAAGAAAGGUACAAUGGUAUUAGUUUACAGCUGUGAUGAACCUUUUUGGCUCAUGAUCCUUGUCAGGAAGCUGUAGGCGUGGGAAACUAAUCUAUAUCUCACUUUUCCAAAAUUACAGAUAAAAAAAAAACAAAUGCAUAAAACAUAAAUAUUGUAAACACAGCUGCCUUCAACUGCAUACCAGAGUUUCUGGGUGUAAUUCCAGAGAGGGGUCACAUCUCUUGCUGCGUGGAGGAUCUUUCUAUUUGUCUGUUAAUGAGAAAAAUUAUUAUUUUUUUUAAUUUUAAAUGACGUAAACCUCUGUGCACCUUAUGUUCUCCAUGAUAAUUUCACCCCUGAGGGAUGGCGAACACGUUUAUCUUUGAGCCAACCAUGGAAAUAUUUAGAAAUUUUCCAUUAUAAAUGUUUGUAAAAUGAAAGCCAAUAGUUAUGUGUAAAAUUGUAUUAAAACAGAACAAGGAAAAUUAUGCAAAUUGAUGUCACAACAGUGAAAAAAGACUUACUUCACUGACGUCAGCUGAAACCAGAUGUACUGUAGCAGAAACAUGAAUUCAUGCAUUCUAGAGUGGACACAGGACAGACACAAACGGACGUUUGGUGAAACCUCUGCCUUCAAACUCACUUUAUUAAGGAGCGGUCUCGACAUAGCAGCUUUAACCACACCAGGAAGAGUUAUACUGGUGAGAGAUAAGCUAACAAAAUGCAACACAAAGGGUUCCAGUGAUAACACAAAAUCUAACAAACCCAGAUGGCAAUGAAUUAAGAAAACACGCGCCCACAUCAACCUUUGAUCAGUCCUGGAAGGAAAUACAAUCAUAAUCAGAUUAAAAAGACAUCAUCAAGUUUACAAAAUGUUAAUACAGUAAAACUAAAUAUAAAAAUAAUUAAUAACUAAAAAUAAUUUUGGCUUCACUUUUCAAAAACCUUCUCACGUUCCAUCUUGUAUGAUUAAUCUCACAUACAACCUAACAAAAUGAACGCAAGUCGCCUGAUGGUGGGGUCAAGGAACAAGUGUUUUGUGGCUGGUUGAAGACCAGAGUGACUAACAGGAAGUGACGCAGUCAUGCAUGAGAUGCAGUUCAGCAGAACAGUGACGUGCGGUCAGGGGAAGCUGUGCCUCACCUGUCAUCAUGGAAAGGAAAAAAAAAGUAAACUAAAAAAAAUAAAUUAAAUGGUUAUAUUUAUCCAUUGAUUUGUAUUAUAAAGUUAUUUUCCUUUUAACUUCACCAGUUUUAGAACUGUUGAAAUGUAUGUGGCACGCUACAUCAUGAUAAUAAUUAUGAAUUAUGUGAACAGCGGCUAUCAAACCGAAAGCACCGUGCGCUACUGUGUGCACACCGUCGCAAAUCUGAACAGGCUGUUGUACCCACAAUAGACUUUACAGUAAAGAUAUUUGUCCAUUCCUUCCCAUGGGCGACGUAAAUUGUGAACUAUUGUCUCCAUCAUAUCUGUAUAUAACACAAGCAGCCGCGCCUCUCUGUGAUCUCACACGCAGUAACGUCAUUGCACGCGUCAGGCUUGGAGCUGAAUGGAUCUCACCGCUGUAAUAUAUGAUCACCUUGUAACUCUGUCGGCGAUGUGACCUGGACCUGUAGUGCCAGGCCGUGACACCAUUAAUAAACAUGAAUCUCACCUCCAAUAGCGGUCCAGGAGCGCAGUGUGGACGUGGAGUCGGACCGCAGCCUGAGGUUAAAAUCCUCUCACCUGACUGCUGUGUGCUGGAAUGAA